UUUAACCUCGAUCAUAGUUUGAGUCAGCUUGCUAGCAUGGGUUGCAAGAACAGCCAAGAGCUUGUACAAAAAAUCUUUGAAUUGUAUGAUGAGAUUUCAAGGUUGGAGAACCUUAAACCCUCCAAAGAUGUAAACAUGCUCUUCACAAACCUAGUCCAUAUCUGCAUCCCUCCAAACCCUAUAGAUGUCUCUAAACUUUGCUCCAAAAUCCAAGAUAUGAGGUCAAACCUCAUAAGGCUGUGUGGUGAAGCUGAGGGCCUUCUUGAAUCCCAUUACUCCACUAUUCUUGCUUCUCUCCCUCACCCCCUCCAAAACCUUUCCCUUUUCCCUUACUUCGACAAUUACCUUAAACUAAGCCUCCUCGAGUUUGAUCUUCUGAGCAGGCAUUGCGGCGUCGCCCCGCCGCGUCGUCUCGCGUUUGUCGGGUCCGGCCCCUUGCCGCUCUCGUCGAUAGUCCUGGCCACGUGCCACCUCACGGCCACGGAUUUCCACAACUACGACAUUGAUCCCGCGGCGAACGCCAUGGCGGCGCGGUUGGUGGGGUCGGACCCCGGUCUCUCCGGGCGCAUGUUCUUCCACACCGCGGACAUCAUGGGCGUUACGUGCGAGUUGAAGGAGUACGAUGUGGUGUUCCUGGCGGCGCUGGUGGGUAUGGAUAAGGAGGAAAAGGGGCGAGCCGUAGACCACUUGGCUAAGUACAUGGCUCCCGGGUCGCUCCUUGUGGUUCGGAGCGCCCACGGGGCUCGGGCCUUCCUUUACCCUGUGGUGGAGCCUCGUGAUCUCCGAGGAUUCGAGGUUCUUACGGUGUACCAUCCGACGGAUGAUGUUGUUAACUCCGUGAUCGUGGCGAGGAAGAUGGCGCUGCCGGUUUAUAAUUCCUGCUAUGAUCAAGGGGGGGUGCUCCCAAGCAAAUGUUCUUGUGCUGAGAUUCACGCCUUCAACCCACUCAAUAAGUUGAGCAUGAUUGAAGAAUUUUCACUCGAUCAAGAACAACUUUCUUGAAGGAA